AUGGCCAUGUCACAACAUUCUACUUCGACGACGCCGUCGCGCAACGCCAAUAAAAACCAUGCUUCGCCCGACACAACGCCUUGCACGUCGCAACAGCCCGUGGUCACCCCACGCAAAAGGCGCCCGCAGCGCAUCUACCGGCCAGCCAAGAACUCCCUCUACGACAUCUUCCAGCAGCACGCAGGUACAAUGCUUUUCGUGAGACCUAUUUGCUGGACCGAUCAACAUGCUCAACUUCUCGGCGCGCGAUGGGAGGAACAACCACCAUGCGAUACCCCUCAGCCUGCAGCGGCCCCGGGUACGCCACCAUCGCGAGGUCAUCUCGACCCAUCGAAUACCAUCAUGACUAUCAGCAACGCGCUUACACAGAUUCUUUUGCCCGAUUCGAUGCAUCCCCUCCUUGCCUCCAAUGCUGUCAAGACGGUUAUGACGGUAAUGUGGCCCAACGCCUUCGGCAAGACGCAGUUUCUACCUGAAUUAAAUCUAUACUUUGGUGGUCGCGUUUAUCGUGAUGCUGUGCGCGCACAAAUACUAUGGAACUUCCCUGCCGACGAGACAAAGUCUCCAUACACAUCUUUCAAAUCAGUCUCAACGCGACCUGCCGAGUCCUUCAACAUCUCAACACAGUCAUCACCCAACCAGAGCCCCGCUAAUAUGCCCAUGAUCUGCUACAUUGGUAAGACCCAACUGGCGUCAGUGCGAAACAACCUUUUCCGUAUCGCAUCUGGUCCGGGAAGGUCAUGGAACGAGCCUGUGUUUCGCCUCCAACAGCUCCGAGCUCGCAUGCUUGUUCCAUCAAAUUCGGAUCAUGAUGCGCAUUUUGUGGGUGUCUUUCUAGGAAUGGCGCAGAAGCACUUUUACCCUUCCCCACCUCAUACUGGCAGACGCGACUCGCGCAUGUCACCGGAACAAGGCAUCCCGCCAUGCCCCAACUUCCACGAUCUCAAGUUGAAGAUCCUCACUCAUGAUACGGCGACGGCUGAGUUCAUUGUCCACACUGGUUACAUAACCAAGGAAUUUUUGGAAAAGUUCCAUGAUCCUUUCAAGGCUCCGCUCAACGAUGACAACGCUAUUGUUUCGGGCAUCAAGAUCGAAUACACAAGGGUUCCCAUCUGGCCAAUUCUAGGUCUACGGGAACGACUUGGUAAGGCUUUGGGUCAAGAGAUUGUUGGUUCUUUCAACCCAGAUGAGAUAGAGACUUGGGAAAAGGAUCCCGAGAGACCUGGCGGUGAAAAGCGCAAGCGGGAGGCCUGUGUCAACAGCAGCUUUGAAGAAGAGACAACGGAGGAAAUGACCCCACCAAAGAAGCGAUGUCUGAAAGAAGGCAAGCCGGUGGGCAUGGUGAUGUGA